AUGUCACAACCCAACCCGAACGAACGGAUUCAAGUCGAUACAAGCGACGAUGACUCCCUCUUCGACUCCCAAUCCCUCCUAGGCUCCAGCCUCUCCUUCGCCUCCUCAGUCCGCGACUACAACUACGAAAAUGGCCGCCGCUACCACGCCUACCGCAACGGCCAAUACCCCUUCCCAAACGAUGAAGAAGAACAAGACCGACUAGCCCUAACCCACCACCUCUUCAAACUCCUCCUGGGUGGCUCCCUCCACCGCGCCCCCAUCGCCUCCGCCACCCGAAUCCUAGACAUAGGAACGGGCACGGGCGAAUGGGCUCUCGAAAUGGCCGAACUGCAUCCCCAAGCGUAUAUCCUGGGUACAGAUCUCUCCCCUAUCCAGCCUAGCUGGGCGCCGCCGAAUUGUCGGUUUUUCAUCGAUGAUGCGGAAAGUGAUUGGACUUUCGAUCGGGAUGAGAAAUUCGAUUUUAUUCAUGCGAGGAGUUUGUCGGGUGGUGUUGGGGAUUGGCCGAGGUUGUUGAAGCAGGCGUUUACGAACCUGAAGCCAGGGGGCUGGUUUGAGGCACAGGAGUUUGAUCUCUUUAUUGUUUCUGAAGAUGGGACUCAUGAGGAGGCUACGGCUUUGGCUACUUGGAAGGAUUUGUUGGUUAAGGCUAGUACCAAGUUUGGGAAGCCUAUGGAUGUGGUGAGGCGGUUGGAGGAGUGGAUGGGGAAUCAGGGAUUUGGCAACGUCGCCGCUGAUAAAUACAAGUGUCCUGUUGGCGGAUGGGCCAAGAACCAUCGAUUAAAAGAUAUUGGACGUGUGGGGAAAGUGAUUCUCUUGGAGAUUGUUGAGCCGUACACGCUUGCUCUCUUUACUCGUGUGCUGGGCUUCUCAUAUCAGGAUGCCCAGGAAUUGAUGGAGCAAGUGCGUGCUGAGCUGGUGAGCAAUUCCUAUCACCUCUACACGACCUUCCAUUUCAUCUACGGGCAAAAACCACUGUGA